AUUCACGACGUCACUAACCCAGCCUGCUACGGCCAUGUUCGUUCCAAAGUGGCUGUCGAGGCUAGACAGCUCAAACGACCAAUACGAACUCUUACCGUCGAAUGGCGGCUCUGUCUCGCCCUUUAGACGCGUAGUGCACGGGACACCAACGCGUCGACGUCUCUUCCUCUCUUGCGCCCUCGCAAUACCUCUGCUUCUCGCUAUAAGCGUGUACUACAAUUUUUUCGAGCUGCGCGUGGCGUGGACAAACGUGACGGCAGGCACAGAUUCCGAAUCAAGCCCUGCUGAGUCGGUUCCACUAAACCCGCCCACGUACGACGAAUACUUCGAAAUUGAGCGCAAUUAUCCACAACACAAUGCUUCGUUACCGUUUCCCGAGGGGUGGAAUGGGCGGUUCAUGUGGGUCUCAAAUCAGCAUUUUGGCAUUGGCUGGAAUAACAUCUUCCAAAAUUUGAUCAUGCUGUCUCAUGUUGCUUAUCUUUCAAAUCGAGCCUUUGUAUUCGAACCCUACACAUGGGAUAAGAGACCUAAUCCCUUUACCCAAUGGAAUGGACAUGUCAUUCCUUCUCGGAUUCCUCUUGCAGCAUUAAUUGACGGCCCAAUUGCGGGAGCCAAGCCAUUUCCUCCAGACAAGACAAAUCCACGUUCCGUAAGCCAGGAAUUUUUCGAGAAAGUAUGUCCAGAAAGGCGACGGACGAAGUUGAACAUCCACGAGAUGAACGAGGGUCUGGAUGGCGUACCUGUUAUUGAGGUCGUUGAGAAAUAUGCGGCGAAGUUGAUGGAGAUGGCUGAGGGCUGUGUAGAGCUUUAUGGAACGACUGAACACCCCUUUGAUUGGAUGCACUUUGGUGUUCAAUCUAUGAUAGGAACCUGGCCUACGCUUUCCAAGAGUCCCGUAUUACGAGACUUCGAUUGGUCACCCUUGGCGCUUUCCGCUUUACGUUCCAACGCAGAGGGCAUCGAUCCGGUGCUCGCCGCUGAUCCUCUUCCAGAGCAUGUACCAGAGCUAAUGGCGAUUCACGUACGACGAGGUGACUACGAGCAACAUUGUCAGCAUCUCGCGAAUUGGUCUUCUACGUACAUGGGCUGGGCCCAAUUUCCGGGUUUGCCUGAUACGUUUACUCCACCUCCAGGAGGUGGAUGGGGUGAGAACACACCAGAGAACCGAGCGGAGUAUAUGCUUCAUUGUUAUCCCGACAUCCCGCGAAUAAUUCAACGUGUGAAGGAGGCGAAGAGUGAUUGGGAGGCGAGGGAUGAUAAGCCCGCGGACCAGCCGCCAUUGAGGAGGUUAUACGUCUUGACGAAUGGGGAACGUGGAUGGGUCAAAGAAUUGGAACAGGCGUUAAUGGAGACGGGAGAUUUUGAUAGUGUGUCGACGAGUCGAGAUAUGACGUAUACCCAUGAGCAGAAAUAUAUUGCUCAAGCGAUUGAUAUGGCUAUUGCCCAACGAGCAGGACUUUUCAUGGGUACAGGUUUCUCGAGUAUGACCGCGAACAUUGUUCUCUUGCGUAGGAUAAAAGACCACCCGCUGGUCAGCAACCGUUUCUGGUAGCAUACAGCUUAGCCUCUACCAGCUCGUUUUCUUGAUUACCUUUCUUGCACGACGCUUCCCACCCUUUGAGUGGUUCGACUCACCCGAAUCAAAAUGCCCUAGAACAGCACACCGAACAUGCUGUCUUCACCUUCGACUUCGAUUUCAACUCCGAUCUUAUACUCUUGAUCUAUGGAUCUAUCUAUCUAUCUCGUCGCUGACAAUAUUUGUUUUCUGCGUGUUUGUUUUCCUUUUCCUUUUGGAUAAACUUGGUGUAUACCGUGGAUACUGUUGCUGUUCUCAUUCCUUGUCUCCAUCUAUUCUAUCUGUUUGUUUGUUCUGUCUGCAUCAUACCAUUACAAUUACUGCUACUGCUACUAAUUACUUGUCGCUCUCUUGGUUUUCCCUCCGGUCGUUUUUUGUGUGCACCUUCUAUGAACCUAUCACAGGAAUUUUAUAUGCUGUAAUCGAAUACCUACC